UCAAACUGAUUAUAUUUGUUUUUACUUAUUGGAAUAGUUUAUGUACAUUCACUAUUAUAAAUGAAGACUUAUAUUUUACGCUGUUUAUUGAACACUAAAGUUAUAGUAUAUAAAUGAUAAUGUUUUGAUUUGAAAUUAAGCCCACAUUAAGUGAAGUGAUCUCAAUAUUGUGAUUGUUGUUGAGUGCACUGACCGUUGAAUGGUUUUGUAAUCGAGAACUGCGAUGGAAGGAAAUAAUGGAGAUGCGGAACGAGACCGUGGCCUAGUGAGCGUAGAACACAGUGCCGCUGAGGGGGAUGGAGAUAGAGCGAGGUACAGCAUGAUGGUUCGGUGCGCGUCACAGUCGUCGCUGGACGAGUCGUCGCAGCGGCGCGAAUCCAGCGAGAACGGCGCUGGCUCGCAGCACGCGGCGCAGUUGCUGGACGCGCUGGCACGCCUGCGUCGCGACGACGUGCUGUGCGACGUGCGGCUGCAGGCUCAGUGUCUGAGCGGCGCGUCUGGCGCGUCGGGUACGUCGGACGCGUCGGCUGCGUCGGGCGGGUCGGCGGCGGCGGGCGCGUCGGGCGCGGCGGGCGCGUCGGAGGGCGUGUGCGCGCACCGCGCCGUGCUGGCCGCGUGCUCGCCGUACUUCCGCGCGAUGUUCACUCAGUUCGACGAGCGCACGCAGUCCACCAUCACCAUACAGGACGUCGAGCCGCACGCGCUAGAAGCUAUAAUAGACUACGUGUACAACCCGGACUCACUCGUCAUCACCGAAGAUAAUGUGCAGAGCGUGCUGUCGGCGGCUUCGCUGCUGCAGGUGUGCGGCGUGCGCGCGCGCGCCUGCGCCUUCCUGGCGGGCGCGCUGUCGCCGGACAACGCGCUCGGCAUCCGCGCCUUCGCAGACCUGCACGCCUGCGCAGACCUCGCCGACUGCGCCUCGCGCUUCGUCGAGCGACACUUCGUCGAGGUGCUGGAGACGGAGGAGUUCCUCGGGCUCGAGCCGGACGCGCUGGCGAGCCUGCUGGACAGCGAUCGCCUCACGGUGCCAAACGAGGAGGUCAUAUUGGAUGCUGUCAUUCGAUGGAUGCAGCACGACCCGGAGACGAGACGCGCCCGCCUGGGCUCGCUGCUGGAACACGUCCGACUGCCGUUGCUGCCGCAGGACGCGCUGGUGGCGCGCGCAGCCGCCGAGCCGCUCGCCAGCGCCGAACUACGCGUAAAGGAUCUAGUCAUCGAGGCGCUCUCGUUCCACCUGCUGCGGCCAGACCGUCGCGCGGCCGCCGCCGCCACGUGCGCGCGCGCCCGCCCGCGCCAACCGCCGCGCUCGCCCAAGGUGCUGCUGGUGGUCGGCGGGCAGGCCCCCAAGGCCAUCCGCGACGUGGAGGCCUUCCACAUGGAGAGCGCGCGCUGGCGGCCCGCCGCCGACCUGCCCACGCGCCGCUGCCGCGCCGGCCUGGCCGUCGUGGGCUCGCGCCUGUACGCCGUCGGCGGCUUCAACGGCACCCUGCGCGUGCGCAGCGUCGACGUGUACGACGUGGCCACCGACACGUGGGCGCCCGGGCCGCCGCUGUGCGCGCGCCGCUCCACGCUGGGCGUGGCGGUCAUCGGGCACGUGAUCUACGCCGUGGGCGGGUUCGACGGCGCCACGGGGCUCAGCUCCGCCGAGGCCAUGGACGUGCGCGAGGGCGUGUGGCGCCCGGUGGCCGGCAUGAGCACGCGCCGCUCGUCCGUCGGCGUGGCCGUGCUGGACGGCAAGCUGUACGCGGUGGGCGGCUACGACGGCGCGUCCCGGCAGUGCCUGCACACGGUGGAGCGCUACGACCCGGCGGCCGACGCGUGGGAGGCGGCGGCCGAGAUGGGCGCGCGGCGCUCGGGCGCCGGCGUGGGCGUGGCGGGCGGCGCGCUGUACGCCGUCGGCGGCCACGACGGGCCCGCCGUGCGGCGCUCCGUGGAGCGCUACCGGCCGAGCGAGGGCUGGGCGCCGGCCGCGCCCAUGGCGCACGCGCGGCGCAAUGCGGGCGUGGCGGCGCACCACGGCAAGCUGUACGUGGUGGGCGGCGACGACGGUGCCGCGAACUUGGCCACGGUGGAGGUGUUCGACCCGGCGGCCGAGCAGUGGUCGGUGCUGGGCGCCGCCAUGUCCGUGGGGCGCUCGUACGCGGGCGUGGCGGUGGUGGAGCGCGCCGCAUGACGAGCGCCCGAGCCGCGCGCCGCCGCCGCGCCGGACGACGCGCCGCACGAGGACAGCUACGUCAACGUGCGCGUGUACGCCAGCGCGUCCUCUGCGCCGCGCUGGCGACGACACCAG